GUUCAGACGCCUUGUUGUCCUCUGAAGGACCCUUCAGUAUUCCAGCAUGGCGGCGUCCAUCAGGGUGUGCUGUGUCCUCCGGAUCUCUCUCCGAGGUGCAGCACCGCUCCGUACCGUAGUGGGAGCAGUUCAGGUGUCCCAGUUGUCGAGUCGAGCCUCAGCUGCUUCUCUCCAAAGAAUCCCUGCAGCUCCACUGUUCCCUGCAACAGCAUGGCAGCAAACCAGGCACGGCAGCUUCUUCAACAAGUUGACGGCUGAUGAGUUGUGGAAAGGUGUGUUGGCGGAGACGGGCGCCGGAGCCAGGAAGGGCCGAGGGAAAAGAACCAAACGCAAACUGAAGAGAGACCUGAACCGAGGACAGAACAUCGGAGAAGGUCGAGGUGGUUUCCUGUGGCCUGGUCUGAACGCUGCGGUGCUGAAGGACGGCUCUCUGCAGAACAUGAGUCGAAGAGGAGAGAGUGAGCAGCAGGAGAUGCAGGCUGAACUAGUGCGUCAGAGGGAUGAGUGGGAGAGGAGGAGGAAGAUGAAGGUGAAGAGGGAACGAGGAUGGACGGGAAACUCCUGGGGGGGCACCAGCCUGGGCGCCCCUGACCCCGGACCCAACGGAGAAACAUACGAGGACUUUGAUUCACGUGUCAUUGAGGUGAAGAGUGUGUUCAACAUGACGGCCAAGGAGGGCAGGAAGAGGUCCAUCAGCUGUCUGGUCGCCGUGGGAAACGGCAACGGAGCCGCAGGCUUUGCGUUGGGGAAAGCAGCCGACAGAAACACGGCUCUGAGGAAGGCCAAGAACCGAGCUAUCCACUACUUGUACUACAUAGAGCGAUACAACAACCAGACCAUUUAUCAUGACAUUCAAUCCAAGUUCAAGAGGACGACGCUCCGCAUGAAGAAACAAAACGAAGGUUACGGUCUGCACUGCCACCGGGCCAUCAUCACUAUGAGCAAGCUGAUCGGCAUCAAGGACUUGUACUGCAAAGUAGAGGGAUCCGUCAAUCUGCUCAACAUCACCAGGGCCUUCUUCACUGGAUUAGCCAAUCAGGAGAUCCACCAGAGGCUGGCCGACAAGAAGCAGCUCCACGUGGUCGAGUUUCAGGACCAGCGAGGCCCGCUGCCCAUGGUGGUGGCGAGUCCCAAAGACGGGGCGCGGCCCACCCCGGAUUCUGAAGACGAGAUCCCCAACACCCGGCUGCACUGGGACGACGUACGGGCCGCGCAGGGAGUUAAACGCUCGAUCUGGGCGGGCGUCAAACGCACCAUCUGGUAGCGUGGGAGGACGCCGGUGAUUGGACUGGUAGAGGCCGGGAUUGUCACACAGGGGGGGGUCUGAUUUUUGGCUGAAAAUAUAUAUGAAUACAUGAGGAAUAAGAACAUUUGUUCUCAAACAAAAUAUCAGUUUUUGUUUGAAAAAAAAAAAACUCCAAAUCUAGUAGAUUGUGAUUGUUUUGUCAACAGAGGACUAAAGUUACGUGUUUGUCCAACUGAAGACGUCUCAUUUAAAAACACAUUUCUCCAGAUACACCCAGUAAACACCAAUAUUAACGUCAUAGAUAUUGUUUUCUUUAUAACUUCCUCAUCCACGUGGAAUUGUUGUAAAAUGUAAUAAAGUACAGAUCUGUAAAAA